AUGUUUCGAUUUCUUUGUUCAAUUCUUCUCGUUUCAACAACUUUGAUCUUAUCGAUGGAAAUAAAGCAUCCGAGCUAUGCGACCUAUGUGUUAGUUCGAGAUUAUUUCAGUGGAUUCAAAGCACCCGAAUAUUCAAUAUAUGAUAAAUCAGAGAAGAAUCUUUAUUAUCGAAUCGAAUCCAGUUAUGGUCUAUACGAUAAACUAAAACUCGUCGUUUAUCCAUCGAAAAAAGUCAUAGCGAAAAUUCGAGGUAAAACCAAGAAGAAAUUAUAUCAAGCGACGUUUUCUAUUCAUAACACAACGUCGAAUCAAUGGGCCGAAGGAAAGAUUAUCGAAAAUUCACAAUGGCUCCAUACUAAUUAUACAAUCGAAUGGAACGGCAGUCAUCUGUCGAUAACCAGUUAUCUUAUAACACCGUGGAUAGUAGAUAUUGUCGAUUCAUCGAAGAGCGAACUGUUAGCUCAAUCUCAACGGCGAUGGUUUUCAUGGAAAUACAAGUAUCAAUUAGACUUAUUUUCGGAUCGAAUGCCUGAAUCGAUCUAUUUAUUUGCACUCGCUGUGGUUAGUCGAGGUAAAAAUGGAUGA